AUGGCUAGUAUUUUAGUCCUCCACCUACUACUCUAUACCUGCUUCCUGAGCCCCGCCACAGCCCAGGUCAAACAUGUUUCAACAGACCUAUUCAACUCCCUGGAGGAACUAUCCCGAUUAGUGGACAUCUCAUAUUGCGUCUCAACAACAGGAAUACAUCAACCCUUCCAAUGUCUGAGUCGCUGCGCCGAAUUCCCAGAUCUAGAAUUAACCUGGAACACAGGCCUCCUCCUCUCCGACUCAUGCGGAUACAUAGCUCUCUCCCACACACCCACCUCCAAACAAAUUCUCCUCGCCUUCCGCGGGACAUACUCAAUAACAAACACAAUAAUAGACCUAUCCGCCUACCCACAAGCCUACAUCCCCUACCAAGACCCAGAACAAACCACCCCCUGCAAAAACUGCACCGUCCACGCAGGCUUCAUGCGCUCAUGGCUACACACACGAACAGAAAUCCACCCCCAAAUCUCCGCUCUGCGACAACAAUACCCAGAUUAUCCCAUAGCGCUAGUCGGCCAUUCCCUCGGCGGAGCCAUCGCCGCACUCGCAGGACUAGAGAUGCGUUUGAAGGGAUGGGAUGCGACUGUGACGACGUUCGGAGAGCCUAUGAUUGGGAAUGCGGCGUUUGCGAGAUUUCUCGAUCAGCAGUUCGGGCUUGGGGAUGGUAUAACCAUCCCACCCGCAGGAUCUGGAGGGGUUCAGCGAUUUCGUCGUGUGACGCAUGUCGGGGAUCCGGUUCCUAUGUUACCACUUGUUGAGUGGGGAUAUAGUCCUCAUGCUGGGGAGGUUUUUAUUUCGAGGGAGGGAUUGCCGCCGCGGGUGGAGGAUGUGGUGCAUUGUGUUGGUUCGGAGGAUCCUGCGUGUAUUGCCGGUAGAGGAAGUGAGGGAGUUUUGAGGGAGUUGUAUCGGGAUUUGAAUGUUCCUGUUGGGGUGGCUGGUGAUGGUGGGGAGGAGUGUCGGUCGACUGGUGGUGGUGAUGGUGAUGUGGCUGAGGAGCAGGCUGUCUUGGGACGUCCAGUGAGUUCUGAUCUUGGUUGUGAGGAUCGAUUAUCGCCUCUUCGGUGGAAUUGGUCUCUUAUACCGGCGAGGUAUCGACUUUGGGAACUGUUUUAUGCUCAUCGGGAUUAUUUUUGGAGGAUUGGGCUUUGUGUUCCGGGGGGUGAUCCAACUGGAUAG